AUGGGAGGUGACUCGUCGGCAACGUGCGUCUACGACGCGGUGCGGACUAUUAUGAAGCUGCAAGGACACAAAUUUGAGCUGGACAAGACAGGACCGGCGGGGAUCCUGGCUGUAGAAAAGAAGCCAGGAAUCUACCUGGUGGCGACGCUGGAUGACUUGUUCCGGGGCUCUUGUUUUGUCACUAUGGUCGGUACGAACAAGAUGGCCUUCGCCUACGAAGACGGGAUAGAGAUGGGUCUGGGCGUAUACAAGUACGCAAAAAAGAUUUGCUGGAACCGGGAGUGCUUCACAACGGACGGAAAUGGACAGUGGGAAGCGGAAAAAGCAGGUGAAGCCGAGUGGAAUGAACAUUCGGCGAUGAUGUGUACAGUACCAAUGGCGCGGAAGCCAGCGAAGCAGCGUCGUCGACAUACCAAAAGAAGACCCCAGCAAAGAAUACGGCAACAGCUUGAAGCGACGGGUCGAGUAAGUAGGCGGAUUCACGAGUAG